AUGGAUCUGCAGCUUUCAAGCGGCUAUCGCAGUGAUCAGGCGGUGAGCGCGGAGUGCACGGUCGGCACGGUAUGUGUCUACUACCUGGAUAUGCCGAAGCGUUUCAAGCUCUCCUCGCCCGUACUGGCAGAUCUGCAGUGCCAAGUAGCUGCUGGCUUCCCUAAGCUUACGGAGGGAUGCUUCACCAGCACGUUGAGCAUCCGGCUUUUGUGGCGUCACAAGACUGGCGAGUCUCACAUUUGUGAUGAUGCCGCUCUAUCUAAAGCCUGGUGUGCUGCUGGUUGUGACCGUGGUGGCGAGCUAUCGCUUCAAGUUUGCCAGAACUCCGACCAGAUUUCCACUGCAGAUGUCGCGGAUCGCACUUGUCAGCGAUGUGGCCAAGAGUUCGCAUCCAGAAACCAACUCAUGCGACACGUCUUCAGCGCUGGCCAUUACGCAGACGAAGAUCAAGCUGCCCAAGCUGAGACGGAUGAUGCGCCGUUAGAUGUACAUCCGAAUUCCGAAACACGGAAUGGGUCCGAAGCCUGGGACAUGUACUACAAGGACUUGCCCGACUUCGCGCAGGUCAAGAAGCUCAUGCAAACCACUUUGCCCUACUGCGUGCGGCUCGCGAACCCUAAGUCGCCGCUUGCGCAGCUUUGCCUCCAGCGCUUGCAAAGCGAGGCUCGCCUCGUCAGGGCUUUGAACCUCACCGAGGCAGAAGGACUCGACGGCUUCGCGCUUGAAGGCCCUGGAAAGACAUGCUGGAACUUUCUGGAAGCAUGCCAGGAUGCAGGGGCACUUGCUAGACAAGAAGCUGCCAGCAUGCUUCCUGUUUUGCUCCUGCAAGUCGAGCAACACCACAUCGUGGCUGAUCUUUGUGCUGCGCCGGGCGGCAAAACGCUGCAGCUUCUCGACAUGAUGAACACGGGGCGCUCCCCAGGUGGCGUGCCUUGUGGUCUUCUCGUUGCUAACGACGACAACUGGGCGCGCUGUACCACGGCUGUCCGGCGCGUACAGCAGCACCCCAACUCGGCACCACUGUUGUGGCUCUGCGGAGAUGCACGGGAUUUCCCAACGCUGCAUGAUCAUUCAGACGGCCGGGUUCGGGGAGCGCGAAAGAUCCGCUUCGACCGUGUCUUGUGUGAUGUUCCUUGUUCAGGUGACGGCCGCUUGCGUCGCGCCCCUGGUAGCUGGCCGCGAUGGCAUGCUCGCUACAUGCUUCAGAUGCACUAUGUGCAAAGUGCCAUCCUGAAGCGCGGGCUGACAGUUUUGAAGCCGCAGGGGCGACUGCUCUACUCGACGUGCAGCAUGUCGCCGGUGGAAAACGAGGCAGUUGUGGCAGCUGCUCUGGAGAAGCUGGGCUCCGGGCAAGUUCGUCUGCUUCCCUUGGAGACCUGGAGCCAUGCGCCGGGCCUGACCGAGUGGAGAGUCCCUGCGCCGGACUUCAACGAGUCCUACCGCAGCUACGGCCACCCAGAGGAGGUGGAGCCGGAGCUCUGGUGCCGCAAUGGCGGAGGCCUGGCUUCCACAAUGUUUCCGCCGGCUGACACGCAGGUGCGAAGUGCCUUGAGCCUCUGUGUCCGGAUCCAUCCAACCCAUGGAGAUUUCGGAGGAUUCUUUUGCGCAUUGUUCGAGAAGGUGGCAGCGGGUCCAGCCACACGGCCCACCUCUUGCGCGCACCCCAGGGUCGACGGGGAACAAUCGGCGGAGCCACGCGGCACCAAGCAUGGCAAGCGCUCGGAGUCAGAUGCAACGCCAAAUCCAAUUCCACCACUUCUGACCGUGGCAGCAUCGAGCAGACUAUCAUGGUUCAUGGACUGGUUUGGGCUGUUGUCAGAUGCUUCGCAGGCGGAAGCUCGAGGAGUGUCUCGCUUUCCUGCAGAGCUUAUUCGCACAGACCCGACCUUGCAAGACGGGCUGGUUCUCGGCAGUGCGUCGCUGUGCCGACUAGUUCUCAAGCACGCACGGCCCCGCAUCCUUGCUGCUGGGAUACCUUUGCUAGCUGCAUCAGAGACAUCCAUCACGGAGCAUGAUGCGAACGACCAUGUGGACCUUGCCGACAGUGCCUGCAAUGUUUUGGCUGUCUGCGCUACACGGCAGCUCGAAAGGCUUCCAUGGCCGGCCUUUUUGACCCUGCUUCAGGGUGGAUCUGUGACCCCUCAGCUCGAAACGAGUGCAACUGGAAUCCUCCUGCUGGUUCUUGACACGGACACUGUACCGGAUGAACGCGUCCAGUGCCAGCAGAUCAGCGUUCCGGGUCGCUUGACCUCCGGCCACUUCCUCGUCACAACUUUGACCAACUCUAAGCGCCAUGCGCUGCUGCGUGUCCUUGGAGUAUUGACCCAAGCUGCCUCCCCAGAGGACGCCAUGGCCAGUUUUCCGGCAGAGCGAAAGCCAGAGCUUUGCCGAGUUCCGAGCCUGCGCCUGCGACACUCACUGCGGCAGCGUCAUCACCAACCUCCUCACCGGCUGGUGGAUCCCUGCUUGGUGGCUACGAGUCCUCAGAUGAGGAAGAUGAAGGUGAGCAGUCACCCUGACCAGUACCAAUGUACAGCAUGCAUGCGAGCUUUGCCAAAAGCAGUCGCACAAACGGAGCAAGCCGCACACUACUAUAGCUUUAAGAGCCAGCUGCCAGCUUUCCUUAUGCACUUGCUUCCCGGCUGCGUCUCCCUGCAAAGCUUUGCACCAGCCCCACCGUCUGCGGUUCCUGCGUGGCGUGGAAGCGCCGUGCAUGUGCAGGCCGGCAGACACGGCACGUGGGACGCCGCAUUGCGAGCACCUGUCGUCACCGCCAGCCUUCUGAUUGCAGGAGCUUGCCGUAGAGUGCCAGCCCAUUUGCGGUACCCAUCUGUCCGUUUGCGUGCCGUCCAGGUCGAGAACGGCGGCCAAACGAAGGUCAUGAAUGACAGGGAGAUCCUCAGCACCUUGCAGCGGUGCUAUGGGUGGAGUCCGCGUGACAUGGGUGCUGGAGGCAACUGUCUCUUCCUCUCCAUGGCUCUACAAGUACGAGCCGAGGAUGUAAAGGACGUCGCUUCCAGGUCUGCUGCUUGGGAAGCAGCAUUGGGUGACAACCUAGCGGAUCGAUGGGAGGAUAUGGGCCCUCGAGAAAGAGCUUCGCUGCUCCGUCGGAUGGCCAUUCUGGAUGAGAGCGAAUUCAUUGCAGAGUUGGCGGCUGCACGUGCACGUGGCGAGCCAUUGUCCACCGAUGUGGAGUGGCGCACCAGGGAGCUAUUCACUGACAUGGCAGAGGAGUUCAUCUCAAGUAACAAGACCGAGCUUGCAGCGGACAUACCGGGGUCGGAGUCACAGGCACUUUACUCGCGUGUCCGAGAAGUUGUCUCGACCUUCUCCCUCGACCAGAUCUGUGAGUAUGUCCUUCUACAUGCGGACGAGUACUUGCAGACCACGGGUCGUGAGGGUAACUGGGCCGGCAGUUCUGAGAUGGCAGCUCUCUCCAGCGUAUUGCAACGGCCGGUCCAAGCCUACGGAAAUAAUUGGGCAGGGGCCCCAGAAAAAGCAGGACGACAGGGCGACAGGGGAAGUCGCUUUUUGAGCAUGGGUAAAGCGAAGUGGCAGAAGUAUUUCGCUGGCUCGGCUCUCUGUCAAUCGCGGCCCAAGCACUUCAAGGAUGUUUCGGCCGUGACUAUCGAGCAAACCUGCGAGCUGCAAGCCCUGAAGCUUGCUCCCCAAGCGAAGCUUCGAAGCUUGAAACCGUGUUUUUCCAUGGAAGAGAGACAGAGACCGUCUUGCGCAGCCUGCCCGAUAGCAUGGACGUUCAUGGCAAGUUGCGGAGCUGCCCGGGUGGAGCCUCUGAAGGCUCCAGCCAAGGUGGACAAGAUGCAGCUUGCAGUUUGCAGUCCCGUGUGGGUUUUGUGCAUACCUGCCUUGAGCUCGUUACACAUCCCGGUCACCAGGACACGGCACGGAGGGCGCCAUCAGGACGUCGAUGCUCUUGGCACGCAGUUCUCGCACGACUGGUUGCUGCAAGUGCUGGGCACUUCGAAGCGUGUCUCGUCGCAGCAAGAGUACAACAGUGUCGCGGGCAGGCCAGCUGGACGGGAGUUGGCCAUCAUGGCCUGCUGCAGAGUUGCAGCACAGCACGGGAAUGGAAAGCAUGUGAGGUUGAAGAGGCUCGAAGCCAGUCUUGUCCAGAGCAACAUCGCCCUCAAUGCCUUUGGGAUCGAAAGUCCAAUUUCUACCUGGCCUGUGGCACUGUCGUUGCUCGAGUCGCCGACUCUACUCAAACCAGGCAUCGUGUCUUUCAACAGCAUGGCCAGUGCUUCAGAAAGGCAAUGUCAUUGGGAGGGAGUCUUCUCGAUUCUCGAGCUGGCACGGACUGCCGGCGCUGAGCUGGACCCUUUCUCUCGGAGUGGCAUGGCCAACGCGCUGCGACGUGCUGGUCGCUGGGUUGGGAGCCUGUCGCUGUUGCAGCAGGCUGCACGGCGGGGCAUCCGGCAGCACUUGAUCACGAUCAGCUCGGCCAUCACUGCUACCGAAAAGUCAGGAAUCUGGCAACAAGCACUUUGGACGUGGAUCCAGAUGCAGAUUAAUGGCAUCAGAUCUGACAUUGUGUCUCUCUGCGCUGUAAUCAGUGCUUGCAGCCACCAGUGGGCGACCGCGCUCCUAUGCAGAAAGCAUGGAGGUACUUCUGUGGUUGCCUGCAAUGCCGCCCUCAGUGCUUGCGAUCGUGCUUCAUGCUGGGAGAGGGCGUCAUCUCUGCUGUUUGGAGCUCCCACUUUGCGAAUCCAGCCGACGACCAUCUCUCAUAACGCUCUUCUGGCUGCAUGCGAGAAAGUUCAACGUUGGAGAAUGUCCAUGGGCAUUCUUGUUUUGCUGCAGAGCCAGGGCAUCCGCGCCACCAUGGUCUCGUUGAAUUCCUUCAUUUUUAGCUGCGAGCGGUCGCAACGCUGGGACUGGGCCCUGCAGAUGCUGGGGGCGAUGCAGUGGAGCACCUGCCAGCAAGACCUUAUCGGUUACAACUCGGCGAUCAGUGCCCAGGAGAAGAGCGGAUGCUGGACUUGGGCAUGCUGGCUUUUUGCCAGCAUAUCUUCGAAAAGAUGGGCACCGGACGUCAUCUCUUUCGGCGCUGCUGUCAGUGCAACUGAUCUUGCAGGCCGCUGGGCCAACGCGCUGCAGCUCACUACAUCGAUUUCACACACCAUCGCGCAGCGCAUUGCGCCGAAUGUUCUCAUUUGUACGGCAGCUAUGCACGCGUGCCAAGCUUCCACAUGCUGGCAGACCGUUCUCACUUUGAUGGCCUUCAUGCAGAAUUGCGCAGUGCGCCAGAAUUGCGUCACCUUGCACGCUGCGCUGAGCGCAGUGGACAAAGCACGACCACGAGACAGUGCACUCUACCUGGGACAGGAGCUGGCAUCUUCUGCCACAGGUCUCCUUUCUCGGCGAAUGCAGAUGAGAUCACGGGGGAAAAUAAGUGGGCCGAUGGAGAGCCAAGCUUGUGCAUACUUUAUGGCACAGCUUUGCAAUGUCUGGGGUCCCGGAGCAGCAUGCAUUGCAACAUGCUGCAAGCCGCGAGCAUCUGCAGCCGCGCGGCUCAAGUUUUGUUGUGUCCUUCGUGCUGGACGCACCAGUGCAGACUCAUUCUAUAGAGUGCAAGGAGCCAUGGCAUCAAACCAUGGCUACCUGUCGUCGAUUGGCCUCCAGCCGGUGACCAACGUGACAUCGAUUUUAACAUCGCCGGAAGAGAAGGAGUUCGGCAAAAACGGCUCCUCAGCAGCUAAGCCGAAGACAGGUGGCAAGGGCCCGGGCAGUGGCGAGUUCACGACAGCUCAGGAAGUCCGCGACACCUUCGUGAACUUCUUCAAGUCAAAACAGCAUGAUUUCAUCGCUUCCUCCCCGGUCGUGCCUCACAACGACCCAACUCUUCUGUUUAUUAACGCAGGCAUGAAUCAGUUCAAGCCCAUCUUCGUGGGCCAAGUUGAUCCGAGCCAUCCCUUUGCAAAGCUGAAGCGAGCGGCGAACUCGCAGAAGUGCAUUCGAGCAGGUGGCAAGCACAACGACUUGGAGGACGUAGGCAAGGAUGUCUACCACCACACUUUCUUCGAGAUGCUUGGCAACUGGUCUUUCGGCAACUACUUCAAGGAAGAGGCCAUUACAUGGGCCUGGGAGCUCCUAACAGAAGUCUACCACCUUGAUCCUAGCCGGCUUUAUGCGACCUAUUAUGGCGGCGACCCCAAGCAGCCAUCCGUGCCUUCUGACGAAGAGGCAAAGAAGAUUUGGUUGCGAUACCUGCCGGCAGAGCGAAUUCUGCCUUUCAACAUGAAGGACAACUUCUGGGAGAUGGGUGACACCGGACCCUGUGGGCCGUGUUCCGAAAUCCACUAUGACAGGAUUGGUGGACGAGAUGCUGCCAGCUUGGUGAACAUGGACGACCCGGAUGUGCUUGAGAUUUGGAACCUGGUCUUCAUGCAAUUCGAGCGAAAAGAGGGCGGAAGCCUCAUCGAGCUGCCAGCGAAAAGCGUUGACACGGGAAUGGGCCUUGAGCGUGUUACCUCUGUCCUUCUUGAUGUUCGAAGCAACUAUGACACAGACCUCUUCAUGCAUAUCUUCAAGGCCAUCAAGGAGAAGACUGCAACUUCAAAGAACUACACUGGAAAGGUUGGUGAAGAGGACAAGGAUCACGUUGACAUGGCCUACCGUGUCAUUGCAGACCACAUCAGGACUCUCACAAUUGCGCUGACCGACGGUGCAACUCCCUCGAACGAAGGUCGAGGCUAUGUUUUACGGCGUAUUCUCCGACGUGCCGUCCGAUUCGGGCGCGAGAUCCUGGAUGCUCCACCAGGCUUCUUCCACCAGCUAGUUGACUCCGUCCUCGAAACACUGGGCGAUGCGUUCCCGACCCUGCGACAAAAUCCAGAAGAUGUGAGGGCGAUUAUCAGGGAAGAGGAAGCGCAAUUCGGAAGAACGCUGGACCGAGGAAUCAAGCAGUUCAAGACCUUUGCCAAGAAGGGCUCCAUUACAGGCGAAGAUGCUUUCUUGCUCUUCACGACAUAUGGCUUCCCAGUGGAUCUGACGCAGUUGAUGGGCGAAGAGCUGAAGGUCGAAGUGGACAUGCCCGGCUUUGAAAAGAAGAUGGAGCAGUUCCGGGACGAGUCCAGGAAGCGAAAAACUGCCAGAACGACGAAGGACAUGGAGCUGAAGGCCAAUGAAACAGACAAGCUCAUCAAAGGCAUGAGCUUGAAGCCCACCGAUGAUAUACUCAAGUACGAUUGGAACACCGAGGGCGAUGGCAGCGAGCACAAGGCCAAGAUCCAAGCAAUUUACAAUGGAGAGGAUUUCGUGAAGACCUGCAACAGCGGCUCCGAUGUAGUUGGCCUCGUGCUGGACCGGACCCCUCUGUAUGCGGAGCAGGGUGGACAAACUUUCGACAAGGCUUCGAUCACCUGUGGCAGUGUUGAGUUCAGCGUAGACAACACGCAGAAAUACGCUGGCUAUGUCCUCCAUGUCGGGCAGGUCGAGAGCAAGGGCGACUUGAAAGUCGGCGAUGAAGUAAGCGUGAAGGUCGAUUACACUCGAAGAUCGUUGGUGGCAAAGAACCACACAGCAACACACAUCUUGAAUUUUGCGCUUCGUCAAAUCCUGGGCGAGAAGGUCGAUCAGAAAGGUUCGCUGGUUACAGAGGACAAGUUGCGAUUCGACUUCUCCCACAAUAAGCCAGUGGAGCCAGAGGAGCUGAAAAAGAUCGAGGAAAUUUGCAAUCAGAUGGUGCAGAAAGCUUGCGUCGUGCAUUAUCGCGAUGUUGCUUUGGACACCGCAAAGGCCAUUUCUGGACUCAGAGCGGUGUUCGGCGAAACCUACCCGGAUCCUGUCCGAGUCGUGAGCGUUGGUCCGAAGAUUGACGAUCUGCUUACUGACAAAAAGACUCCAUGGGGCUUGCAAAACAGCGUGGAGUUCUGUGGUGGUACGCACGUGGCCAACAGCAAGGAGAUUUACAAGUUCGUCUUGCUCCAGGAGGAGGGUAUCGCGAAAGGCAUUCGGCGCAUUGUUGCAGUCACAGGACCUCAAGCAGCUGUGGAGGCGACCCUCAAGGCGAAGAGCCUGAGUUCGGAUUUGGACGGCUUCAAGGGCAUGUCUCCUGGUGCAGAGCUUGACAAAUGCAUUGGCGAUUUACGCCGAAGAGUCACAGAGGAUAAAGAGGUGUCCUUGCUCAUGAAGUCCGACAUCAUGACGGAACUUGAAACUUUGCAGCCCGCCCGCGCCGAAACGAAGAAGUUCGAAGGCAAGGCCAAGGAAGACGGCGAGAAGCUGGGCAAGGAAGCCGCAGCAGCAUCUGGCGAGACCUUCGUGGGUGUCGUGCAAGCAGGCGCAGGCUGCGAUGACGCAAAGGUCCUAACACCAGCGAUGGAGGCGGCAAUCAAGCAGUGCCCAAGCAAGGCAAUAAUGCUGAUGAGCAACAUGGGUGGAAAGCUCGCAAUUCUGGCCGUCGUGCCCAAAGCAUUGGCUGGCAAGCUCUCGGCGAAAAUCUGGUCCGGCAAGGUCUUAGACGCCAUCGGCGGCAAGGGCGGCGGAAAGGACGACCGUGCACAAGGUCAGGGAGAUGCAUCAAAGCUAGACCAAGCGCUCAGCACCGCUAAGGCCUGCGCAGAGGUUCAAGCCGACAAGCAACGAGAAGAGCAGGUCUCGCAAGAUGAGGUCAAGCUUGAGCAGGCAGAUGGUGACGAAUGGAAGAUCCUUCCGUACUUCGAAGCCACAUGCUAUGCAGAAGCCAGGGGCGAUGCCAUUCGCGUUUUCCAAACGCACGGCGGAGGGCACUAUCAAAUGCUGUCGUGA